CUUCACUUUGUGUUAUAUCGAUUCAAGUUCUCUCCUCAAUCCUCAAUCUACCCUCACCAUGGCCAAAUCCGCCCGAGCCUCUGUCACAAAACGCAACCACCGCAAUCUACGUGCCAAAGUCUUCGGCCCUGCACACGAUGCCCGACUGGAAAGAUUAUCCGCCAAACUACAAGAACUGGCAGCCAAACCGAAGGUGAACGAGGAAAAAGCCAUGGAUGUUGACGAUACAACUGAACGGUUAGAGGGGGAAGAGCCCACAAACGACAGUGCAGAAGAAAUGGAAGUUGAUGCGGACGGUGCAAAGACAAAGUCUACCAAACCUCGGUCGAAGAAAAGCCAGUCAAACGGAAAAGUCCAAAAGAUGUCCAAGAGGAAACCAAGGAAUUUAAUGGUCUUUGCCUCUGAAAGAGCGAGGAAGGCCAAGAUGGUUUCUAAAGCGAAGAGACGGUGAAGCAGUCACGACUGUGGCAGUUAUUGGCGCAUAUACACCUGCUGCAAGCUCGAAUCCUUCUCAGCAUCCUCAACGGAGAAACGAUAAUGUUCAACUUCAUGGCUAUUAACAUCGUUUAAUUCGUUGCUCGCGCUCGACAUCUCCCAUCAUAGUAAUAACGACAUCUUCUCGUUGACGUACGACUGCAGGUACAUUCUGCCCCAAUAAUCGACCUGCGAUGGCCAAUCCACGACGAACAGCGCUUCUCACGGUUCCAGUUACUGCAAGACCUGCUUCCCAGUCUAUCGAACGAUGCCGCCCUGGGGGCGCCAUGGGUUAUCUGAACUAUCCGCCAGCGAUCCUUUUCAGAAUAUACUGGGAGCUUUUCGUCGAUUUUCAAGAAAUCCUCGUAUUCCUCUGCUCCACCAAUCCUUUAGUGGAGGACAUCAGACCCAAGAGAUUCCUUGGAGAUUUCAUGCAGCUCCCCCAAAAAAUGUCUGACCUGGUCACAUUUUGAUGAUGGACGCUACUUUGUCGAUAGCCCCGGUCGGUCUGCUCAAUUCCUCCGAGUUUGCAGACGAGUUUGGGAAGAAGGCAGAAGUGUACUGUAUGGCUACUUCUUAUGGGCAGUACGGUGGACCCCAUUCUAGUACGAGGACCCCUGCAUUCCAAGAUUCUUCAAGAGAAACUUGGACCCUUCGGGCCCGAUACAAAAUAGAAAUGUUCUUUUCCCAUGGUUUUGAUGAGUUCCCUUUCACAGGUCAUGUGUAUACAUUGGGAAAGCUUUUGAGAGUUGCUCACGAUGACGACAAUGGAGACUCCGAAGAAGCCCGAUGCAUGAACUAUUGCUUGUUGUCGACUGGAAAUACACCACGCUAGGUCGAGAGAACCCCUCUCUACCUGCUGCAACUGGUUCAAAGAGCAGCAAUACAGUACAGCCGGCUUGUCAACCAAAUCUGUGUAGCUCUAGACACCAGGCUGCGGGCAUGGUACUCAAUGCAAUGCUCAUCAUCGAGAUUAGCAGCAACGAGAAAUGGCGGACCAGGCUUAAUCACGUAUGAAGUUUCGAGCUGAACAGUUUUCUGCUUAUAGCAAGUAUGAAGGAGUAUGGGAAGGCGAGAUAUGCACUGUAAACAAGACUACAAAAAUAGAUUGACAAAAG